AAGACAUAUGCUCAGCGGAUCUUGGAUGUGUUUCUUCCUGCCGGAUAUCCGCAUAGCGUCACUGAGGAUUACAUACAAUACCAAAUCUAUGACUCAUUACAAGCUUUCUCCUCCUCAAUAGCCGGUCUUCUUUCAUCGCGAGCGGUCCUAGAAGGUGUUGGCGUUGGAGACGCUUCAGCAAGCCCCACUGCAGCCUUGCUUUUGAACGUCCUCCAGGAAAGCAUGGGACGCAUCGCCACCAUUCUGUUCGCGCACAAACUCGGCACGUCGCUUGAGCCGGAAUGCAAGAUGUACCGGCUAGCAGCCGAUAUUCUCAACGACAUGGCCAUGGUUUUAGAUUGCCUCUCGCCGGCGUUCCCAAAAGCUGGGAGAGUGCUGAUAUUGUCCUUCUCGAGCGUGCUGAGGUCCCUCUGCGGCGUGUGUGCUGGAAGCUCCAAGGCUAGCUUAUCAGCUCAUUUUGCGAAGCGGGGAAACUUGGGUGAAUUGAACGCUAAAGAUUCCAGCCAAGAGACGGUAAUAUCUCUGCUAGGAAUGGUGGCCGGAAGUAUUGUGGUGUCGUGGGUAUCGACGCCUAUGGCAACAUGGGCAACUCUUAUCGGACUGCUGUCGAUCCAUCUGGCGACCAAUUAUGCCGCCGUAACGUCGGUCAGCAUGCGGACGUUAAACCGGCAACGAGCGAACAUAGUAUUCAGCAGGAUUCUGCAGGACGGUGAAGUGCUGAGGCCAACAGACGUCUCGAAGAUGGAGCGAAUCCUCGAACGUGAUGGGGUGUUGAGAUGGACCGACGACCAUAUCCUCGGACACUGUUGCAUUGGGGUGCCAUUGGCAAAAUUGCUGGGCACUAUAGGGGAGAGCCAUGACCGGACAGGAUCGCUUACUCUGCAGGACAUCAAGAUCUCCAAGUUGCUACAACUCUUUGAGAGCGAGGCUUACAUCCUUUGGCACGCUCAGUCGACGAUCACGAUUGUCCUGAAGGAGGGAUGCUCUCCUGUGGAUCAACUUCAAGCAUGGAUGCAUUCCCUACUGCUUGCCCAGCGCGCAAGAGAAAACACUUCCAGGGAUCAGCCUGAGGAUGACAGGAAUGGGCUCGCUGAGAUAAGAGCUACGUUGAGGGAGGCGAAGAAAUGCCUCAGCACCAAUGUCGCCAGACUUAGAAACGCAGGAUGGGACUUGGACACGGCUGUGCUGGAGACACGCGCAGGUACACGGAUUUCGGUCGAUUUUGGGCAAGGUGACCUAUGA